CCUGACUUUAAUAGCUUUUAUUUAAAUGUAUUUUUUUCUGGAUCUAUAAUCAGACAUUGAUCUUCCAUCACUGCUGUCGGCAUGUGUCCAUAAAGGUGUGUGUGAAACUGCAGCAUGCAUUCGGUCCAUGCAGAGAUGUGGGACCCCCAGCCCCUGUCUAAACAUGCCUCACCCCUCCCCCCGCGGCCCCCCUCCAACUCACGCCCCGCCCAUGUGACCACAGCUACCCCAGCAAAGCGGAUCACCUUCUACAAAAGCGGCGACAGCCAGUUCGGGGGCGUCAAGAUGGCCAUCCACAAGCGCAGCUUCAAAUGCUUCGACGCCCUGCUGGACGACCUUUCCCAAAAAGUGCCCCUGCCAUUUGGCGUGCGGACUGUGACCACUCCCCGCGGCAUCCACGCCAUCAAACACCUGGAGCAGCUCCAGGACGGCGGCUGCUACCUCUGCUCUGACCGACGCCAGGCUAAGCCAGUCAACAUGGAGCUGGCCGGCAAACGCCCGAGCGUCUGGUACCAUCACAGCCGGAGGCCCCAGCGGCCCGAAUCCUCGUCCGCAACACCGCCCGGCCAUUUCUCUUACAGGCAGCGACGGAUCCUGCUGUUGAAGAACAGCGAGCCGGGGAUGAGGAGGACCGUGGUGCUGAGCAGGAGGUCCACCAGGAGCCUCGGGGCCUUUCUUGAUGAUGUGUCCGAGGUGAUGCAGUUUCAUGUCCGCAAGCUCUACACCGCUGAGGGACGCAGAAUUGACAGCGUGCAAAGCCUCAUGACUUGUCCUGGUGUGUUGGUGUGUGUCGGCCGGGAAGCCUUCAGCCCAAUGCUGGUAAACUUUAUCCGGAAGAGCUCAGAAGAAAAAUUUCCUGGUCUGGGCAGCAGGACUCCUGGAAACGGGGCCCGAUCUCCUGCUACUCAAGGAGCAAGAUCCCCGCCUCAUGGAGCUCAGUCCAGAUCCAGCGAGUACAGUGAAGUGCAUGAAAGCAAGAAAAAUGUUAACUUUGGUCUGGAAACCAAAAAAAGCAUCAUCCAUCCUCGUUCAGAUUCUUCAAACCGCUCCAACCGUUUCUCCUUGUCUUCAGAGAAGUCAUACGGCAAUGGUGUCGGCGCCUACUCCCAGGGCCGAUCGGCUAUUAUGAACGACGACAUUGAAAAGCGCGUCCUGGUUAAUAAAGAUGGCAGCCUCUCAGUGGAGAUGAGGGUGCGCUUUCGUCUACACAAUGACGAGACCCUCCAGUGGUCCACGCAAAUGAAAAAGUCCCCAUCUCUGACCAAUGAAUGUUGCCCCCUGAACCAGGCCCAGCCCCAUUACCUGCAGCAGGGCCAAUCAGAGAGCUGCUCUGACCCUGACUCCACAUCCUAUGAGCGAGAGGGUGCCAAUUAUUCAAGCCAACCUCGUAUGGAGGGGAACCAGUGCCCCUGCUGCUACCAGAGACAGGAACAGCAGUACGACUUGUGGGAAAACCCAGCACACUGCCACAAACAUCCCCCUGUCCCUCCCCCGCAUACAUCCAGCCACACCCACACUAUAACGAGACAUACACACUCUUCCAGCUCUUCCUCGUCGUGUAAUUCCAGGAGGGUGGUGCGCUGUCGAGCACAAGUCGGAGGAUGUUCAGAGACGGGGCAAAUGCUCCAGGAGGAGAUGUUUGUGACGGAGCAGGUUGAGCGCAGAGUGGAGGUGGAGCAAGAUGGAGAUACCCACGUCGAGGUGUGCAGGGUGAGCCGAGGCUGCAGCCACAGUGAGGUAGUUGCCAUUGAUACCAAUGUGCAACCACUUAGCAGGAAGUCAGUGGAGGAGGUUUUGAUGGAGGAAGAGCGUCCGCUGUCUGCAAUCAGCAGCUCCUCACAUGUCCUUCAAUCCCUAAAGGAGGACCAGGAUGAUGACCUGCCACCCAGCGUCUCACAAUGCUGUAAUAGCAUCGAACCAUCUCCAACUUCGACCUCCCAGACUCUGGAUGACAAGCCAGCGAGGUUUGUCAUCUCGGCCGGGUCCGUCCACUCUACAGAGCACAAGGAGGACAGGGAAGAGAGAGGGAGCAGAGCAGCUUCUGCAGCCUCCUCCUGUCACUGUGGAGCAGCAACAGCUGAAGCAGAAGAUCGAGCUCCCAGCUCCAUGUCAAAAAUGAGCAGUGGGUCUCGCAAAGCCAAGAUCCCAAACUCAGAGGAAGAGAUGGCUGCAGAUGAUGAGAAUGACGAGAGGAUUUCUAGUAGCUUGUCUGGAAUUUCUCUGCAGUCAAAGGCAUCCAGUGUAUGUUCUAAUUGUGGAGGCUGCAAACCCGGGGUCAACUCCGAUUCUUAUAGUAGAGCGUCAAAGAGGUCCCAUCACUCGCACCGAGCCUCUCCCACGCCUCCCUCCAGCCGAGAAAACACUAAUACUGGCAGUGAUGGUGACGGCUCAGAAGGUUCAGCUGGGUCCACAAAAUCCAACAGGACCAACCUCACCAACAACAGCCGCUACUCUGCAAUAUCAAACAUCCGGGACGGCAGGGAAUCUAGUGCCACGUCCAAUCAUAAGGCUGCAGGGAAAGAGGAAGAAAGGACCACCUCAGCCACAAGCCACAGGUCCUAUAGGUCGCACAAGUCUGGCUGUAAUGGCAGCACUUGUGUUGCAGCAGGAAAAGAGAAGGAGAGAAGCCCCAGUGCCAUGUCGGCUCAGUCCAACAUGUCGGCCAAGUCUCACAACUCCAACUGCACCGCUAAGGAAGAGAACACCAGAGCACGGAGCUCCUUGUCAGACAAAUCUGGUGCUUCGGCUAAAACCAGUGCUUCAGUCAAGAUGAGAACUGACACAGCGGUGGAGGAGGAGGAGGACACAAACAAAAGAACUCCUAGUGUCCUUUCUGUUAAGUCUAGCAAGGCACAACGACCUGAUAGUGUCCUGUCUGCUAAAUCAAAUGUGUCAGCAAAGUCCGGCACAUCUCACAGGUCCACUUGCAGUCACUGCGCAAGACCAGUAUCUGCAGGUGCUAAGGACGCUGAACCCGAAGCAACCGGAGAGGAAGAAGGAAUUGAGGCAGAAGAGAGAGCAGCAAGUGCAAUGUCAGCUAAAUCCAAUCUUUCUGACAAGUCCAAUAAAUCCCGUAAAUCCAGCAAAGCUCCGGAAAGGUCACUUUCUCCGAGGUCAGGAACUGGAGAAGAUGAAGAAGAAAGGGCAGCAAGUCAAGUGUCAGUCAAAUCUAACGUGUCUGUUAAGUCUUCAAAGUCGUGCAAGGCUAAUGGCAAAGAAAGAGUGGAAUCUCCAAGCUCCGAGGAAAAAGAAAAAGAGAAUGUAAAAGAUGAUCAGCAGAGGCCUGAAAGUGUAAUAUCUGCUAAAUCGGCUUCUCCAGCCAUGGCAGACAGAACCUCCAGCGCCAUGUCGAGGGAAUCACACACCUCUGCAAAGUCCUCCAAGUCUCAGAAAUCGAACCGAGCCGCAGCAUCUCUAAAUCCAAAUGAAGCUGAUAUACCUAUUGAGACAAAUGGGAAAGAGGAGCAAAAUGAAAAUCAAGAGCGAGUGGCUAGUUCCAUGUCAGUGAAGUCCAAAUCUUCAGCGAGGUCCCGUACUUCUAACAAACCUAGCAAGAAUCUCAAACCUGUGUCACCAAGUCCAAAUGUUGUCACCAUUAAAACCCCUGAAGGUCUUGAUGAGGAAGGAAAUGACACAACAGAGAGAGCACCGAGCGCUGCCUCUGCGAAAUCAGGAACAUCUAACGUUUCGACUAAGUCCAAUCAUAACAGAACAGCAGUGAUAGAACCAGCGGAUGAAAAUGUUGUGGAAAAAGACGUGCCAAGAAGUAAAUCUCAAGGCCAAAUGCUCUCACCACGGACCCACUCACGCAAAGCUGCAUCCCCCAGAAGUCCCCAUGUGUUGCCUGGCCUCGGUGUUGGAGAGACAAGAGGGCCCAGUGCCUUGUCAGUUCACUCCACAAAAUCCGCGAAAUCAGGCAAAUCCAAAUGUGGCUGUGGAGAUGCUUCAGCACUUGAAAAAGCAAAGAAAGAACAGGAGGAGGAGAAAAAUGAAGAGGAUGAGGAGAUGAAAAGCGAGGAGGCUUCUGAGCGGGCUGCCAGCAUCUCGUCUACCAAAAGGCAGAGGAGAGAAUCAGGAGGCACCGAGCAAACCCUGAGUCGAAACUCAUUCGGGUCAGUCUCUCUUGGGCUGCCAGAAGACCAAGAAGCAGCUGACUCAGACAGCGACAAGUCCAGUGUUUCUUUUGUAAUAAACACAGAGAAAAAGGGCAGAGAGAAGACGGCAACUCCCCAGGGAACAGGGUCCAUUGUGUCUCAAAAGUCCACCCGUAAAUGCCCUCACCAUCGCCUUGCAGUGGAUAUCCCUACUAUUAAUACACCAGGAGGGAGUGAGGUUAAAGAUGAAGAAGGUGGAGAGCAGACAACAGAGAGAGGAGCCAGUGCAUUAUCGGCUAAAAGCAGCAGCAGGUCUCACAAGUCUUCUUGUAACUGUGGAGUCAAAGAAGCAGUGAAGGGAGCAGUAAAUGACCUUGAAAUGGACGCCUCCGACAACAGGACAUCAUCUGCGAUGUCAUCAGCGAGUGCUAAAGUUCGGAGCAUAUCCCCUGCCAGAGCUAAAAAAGCCAGAGAUUCAGGAGAUAAUGACACUGAAAAUCAGGCCACGAGUAGACCAGCUAGUAAGGCGAAAGGGGAAGAGGGUAUCGCAGACAACAAGGAGGCGAGUGUCCACUCCAAGAGCGCCUUUUGCCUCAGGCCUGAGUCUGCAGUUUCUGCUCUCUCUGGGUCAAAAGUAAAAGCCUCAAAGGAGAGCAGAGGAGACGGUUCAGUCAAAGCUCACAAGGCCAAAUCCAGUGGCAGCGUCAAAUCGUCCAAUUCUCAAAAGACAAACGUGAAAGCCCCGAGCCCCUGUCUUUCUCACAGCUCCAAGCCAUGCAGCAUAGUGGAGACGCAUAGUAAGAGCACUCUGUCUCACUCUCUGUCCGCUGCAGACCUGCUGAAGGAAACUAUGGCUGCUGCACGUCCACACAGCCGACACACGAAGGAGAGCAAAGCCAGCGAAAGGUGUCUUGAGAUGUCUCCUGCCUGUCUGCCCAACGCUUCCCCCAACGAGGUCGUCAGCGACUGGCUGCGAAGCAUGCCUAACAGCAUGCUCCUCAUUGAGCCGAAUGACGAAGAGGGGGAGCAGGACGAGGUGGUGGAAAAGAAAACUGGAGAAGACGAGGAGAGUCCUGAAGAAGAGAAAGGAGGAGAUGAGGAGGAGAAAGUUGAGGCCGAGGAGAAAGAGGAGGAAGCAGCAGAGAGUGCAGAUCCAGCUCCGGGUGAUGCAGUGGAGGCUUCUUCUCGAGUGUUGAGCGGCGACACUCUGCCCCGGAGCUUGAACUCUUCAGCUGCAGUGAUGAAAGUUCUCCUGAGCUCCUCUCUGGGUCGAUGUCAGAGCCUGCCUGAGGUGUCUCCAGUUUAUGGUCGUAGACUGAGCACAUCCGCCAGGGGGCUCCUGGACUGUUUGGCCCAGCUCCAGCUCAUCGAACCUGCAGUGAGCCCGGGUCAUGACCAACAGAAGGACGCAAACCGGCGGUACGAGGACAUCAUGGUCAUCCUUCAGUCCCUCUGGCUCACUGAGCAGGCCAAGGACGUUGGUAAAGAGCAGGUGACUCCACCAAGGUCCUCGUCCGGGCUGGGUAUGAGCAGUGGCUCUGGUGGAUCAGGGAAGGAGAACGUCAAUCAAGGAGAAGAUGAAACGAAGCAAAAUAAAACAAAAGAGACCGCUCUACAUGAGGAGGAGGGAGCGGAGAAGGUUGUAAAAGAGGAAGGAAAUGCAGAGGCAGCACCAGAGGAGACAGGCGUAGCAGAGGAGCCGGUGCAGAGUGAAGAACAUAUUACAGUCCCUCCGUGUCUGGACAGCCCAAAAACGUCUGAGAAUCCUUCGUCGACGGACAAGAGCUCUGCCAACGACAGCUCCAAGUCUCCCACCGAUAAUGAACGUGACACGCUGGAGGACUCCAGCUCAGGCACGCCCCCGACUGUCGUGCGAGCACCCUUGUCAAAAAGACUAUCCCAAGACCCUGAUCCAGUGUGGGUGCUGCACCUGCUGAAGAAGGUGGAGAAACAGUUCAUGAACCACUACAUUACCGCCAUGGCGGAGUUCAAAGUCCGUUGGGACCUGGACGACAGCCUCAUCCUGGACACCAUGAUCGGCGAGCUGAGGGACGAGGUCAGCCGACGGAUCCAGGGUAGCAUCCAGCGCGAGGUGAAGAAGAUUCAAAGCCGUGCCGGCAGAGGGGAGAGGUCGCCCCGGCCACCACAAAGAGGAAACCUCUCCAGGGAGUCCACCAUGACGGAGAGGAGGCGUCGAAUAUUGAAGGUCAUGAAGAUCCAGUCAGUAAAAACUGACCCAGAGUCCCAGAGCGAUGGAGAGUUGGGGGAGUUCAGCGACCAGCGAAGCGAGGAAGAGUACUGCCCCUGUGAUGCGUGUGUCCGCAAGAAAAUGGCCGAGCGGCCUCUCAAGGAGAACCUGGGAACUGAAGCGCCGGUGAUCAUGGAGUUCGACCUCCUUAAGAUACUGCAGCUGAAGAAGAGCCCGUUGCCUUUGUGUGCAGUUGUGCCACAAACUGCGGAGGAGGAAGGUGACAGCGAGGUCGCAGCAGACGAGGGGAGGAGUUUAGAGGUAGUGCAGGAGGAAGAGGAGGAGGAGGAUGAAACUCAGGAGGACAUCGUAGCUAACAUCGUUUUAGAGGAGACUAUCCCAGAGGAAGUUGAGGAAGAAGAUGAGGUGGGAGAAAAGGAGCAGGGAAGAAACUCAAAAGGAGGAAAGUAGUGCAGGUGAUGAAGAGCAGGAAGAGGGAGAGACAGGUGGUGAGGAAGCUGGGGAGACGUCAGAAAAUGGAGAGGAAGAGGAGGAGGCAGAAUGCCAAUGCCAGUGUGCUGGGAAUGAGGAAGAGAGCGACAAAGC